CUUGACCCCGGUAUUUACACCUGCAAAGAUGAGGAUGAUGUUCUACCUGGUGGAAAUCUUUGGGAGAGACCUGGUGAUGUACCUGGACAAGGUCACGGCUGACGGGACCCCAGUGGAUGUGAAAGAGACGAUGACCAGGUUCACGACCGACGUGAUAGCGUCUUGCGCCUUCGGCAUCAACAGCAACUCAAUCAAGAAUCCCGACGCCGAGUUCAGACGAUACAUGCGCAAAGCGGUUGACUUCACUUUUAUGAAGGGAUUGGCAGCACUGUUGGGGUUCCUUGCGCCCAAUCUUAAUAAGAGAUUGAAUCUUAAGGUACUGGAUGACGACACAACCGAUUAUAUCAGGAGGACUGUGUGGGAAACUGUGGAGUACAGGUGAAGAACACAUGCUCUUUGCUUUUAAGAAAGUACAAAAUAACAAAUAUUUAUCAUUAAAUUACAUAAACAUGGUUCAAACAUAAACUAAAAUUGCACCUUCUCUGCUUUGUUUGUGCAUCUGAAUGUAGAAAAUUAAUUGACGAAAAGUACAUAGGAACACACAUAAAAGAAUUUCUGCGGGAAGAAUUAUAAUUUUAUACUCCCCGUCCAGAAUGAAUCUGGGGUCCACACAGCCUCUUGUGACAAAGAAAAAAUGAAAGUACAUCCGCGGAAAUAAGGUGGCUAGAGAAAAAUAUGCCCACCUAUUUGUUAUCUAGUAUGAAUUUAAGAAUGCACUUAACUUCUACUCCCACCCACCCCCACCCCCCGCAACGUA